AUGGACAUUGAUGCAAUCACGUUCCUGUGCACGUGCCUGCUGGAAGCCCUGACGCUCAUCAUCCUGCUUGGGACACUCUGCAGACGCUGUAGAGAGCGCAGCGAUCCCACUGUGAACGUAGCAAAAGGCGCUUUUCGCCGACUCCUGGCAUAUGUUCGAGAAGCGCUGGGGGUCGCUUUUGCAAGUUCUGCAAGUCUGAGACAUGUGGAGCGGAGCUUUCAUGCGGCGCUCUGUGGCUUACUGAUCCAAUCGAGCUGGGUGAUCAUGUUGGCAUUUGUAUUUCGCUUCUUUCUGCUGCAGUUCCGGUACAUCUCACAGAUUGAGCAUCCUACUCCACCAUUACUGGAUAUCGCUGCCAUCAUCCUGUACGCGCUUUGCUUGCUGUGGUCUACCCUCGGCACCUUUGUGGUCACACCUCGCACACUGGAUUCCUGGACCACCAUUGCCUGGUUGCUUAACAUUGUGCCGCUCGUUCUUGAUCGUAGUGGGCAAGCAACCAACCUGAUUGCUCACCGCACCUUCAUUGUCCGGCUGCUUUGCUGUUUGUCGGUGAGGCACUUUUGGUUGGCGUGCUGCUUGAACAGCCUCCACCUGCUCAUCGUUAUUGUGCGACUUGAUCAAUCGACCUUUAGUGAGGAUCGCAGUGUGCACAGCACAAUGCAUGUGGCCACGCUUGUUCUGGCCUAUGCCUUUCGCCAGCAGAUCUACGCCAAUGUCAGUGUGGGUUUUGAUCUCAAGACCAGCGCUACUGGGCUCGAUGCAGCUUCACGUCUCCUCAACGGUUUCUGUGAUGCUGUCGUCGAGCUCGACGACACUCUGAAGGUUCGAGGAAACGUCAAGCAGUUCUCGACUAUGCUCCUACACGAGAAUUCCUCUGGCUCUGUAGCAGAGAACAGUAGCUUUGUCAGCUUCUUCAGCCCAGCCGACCGCGAGCACGUGGAGCGCAGUUUACGUUCGGAUGACGGCCAUGCCAUUCCUCAAGCACUGCAUGCGAAGAUCUUGGAUUCGAUGUCGAAUGCUCUGUCAGUGGAGCUGCUGCAUGUACGCUUCCGCAAGCCAUCAGGAGAGAUGUGCCAGCUGGUGGGCGUGCGGGAGUUCCAAGACUUUUCUGCCGUGAGCCCGCUUGCGUCUGCCGCGCCUGCGAGAAGCUCGCCGAAAGUGCCGCAGCAUGCCACUGCUGCAGUCGGCAGGGCCCAGUCAGACUCCGACCUGCUCUUCGAUAUGGACACGUUCCAAGUCCUUUUCGUGAGUGACCGUUUGGCUGCCAUGUUCGAAGCUCAUACCGGUAACUGCCUGGCGGAGGGGAUGUCGCUAUAUGAUGCUUUCUCAUCCUCCGAACUGCAGGGCGCCUGCGUCCAGUUGCAGAAUGCCAAAGCGCAAUGCAACCUGGAGGAUGCUUCGGGCAAUGCGGUGGUUGUCUCUACAGAUUUCAUGCUCCUGCAGCAUCACAUUUCGCAAGUCAGUAUUGAAUACGACUGGGCCCUCAACACAUGGGCUGGAUACCUGUGUCUACGUUCAGUUGUGGACGAUGUGGGAAGUUUGGCGGAGCGAGUUGAAACGGACAGCGUCUCGAGCAGCAGGUCCAGGUGCAGCCGAAGCAGUAGCAGGAGGAGCCGGAGGAGCAGAAGGAGCAGGAGGCUUCAGGAAAGAGGUGCCGAAAGGCAGCUGAGCCAUCACACCCAAGGCAGCAUCCUAGAGCUCCAUGCGACCAAUGUUUCGUUGUAA